UAACAAUAUCAAAAUCACAGAGUGUAAUUUCCGGAAUUGAUGAUAUAAGAAAAGGAAAGAUACCAUUUGGUCGUAUUGGUAUCGUUGUCGGUUCAGCUGUUGAACAGUAUUAUUUACGAGAAAUCUCUGACGAAAAUCGAAAUUAUUAUCCAUUAAACUCACAAAAAGAGAUAUAUAGCAAACUACUGAGUGGUGUUAUUGAUGCAGCUAUUUCAGAUACCGGUCUUUUACAAUAUGCAACUAACCAAUUAUAUUGCAAUUUAACGAUUGUUGGUGAAGAUUUUGAUAAAAGUUCAUAUGGUAUUGCUAUGCCACAACAAUGGCUUUAUGAGCAAGAGUUAGAUGUGAAUAUAACAUCACUACAAGAGUCAGGUGCUAUUGAUGACUUGACCACAAAAUGGUUUGAAACAAGUAAUUGUCCUGAUCCAUCUGUUAUAUCUACCAGUAUAGGCAUUGAAGCAAUGGGUGGUUUAUUUAUUAUCUUUGCAGCCAUCAGUGUUCUAUCACUAUUAUUAUUCUUGUGGACCCAACGGUUGAGCAUAAAAGAUUAUCUACUGACAUCAGCAUGUCGAAAGAAGCCAUCAGCCCAACCAGAUGCCUCGCUCGACCAAAGCUUCAUGAAAAUAUCUACAGAACUCCCGAUCAGUACUGUAGCCCCAUCCUUACCCUCAUCCUCCGCCAGAAACCAUCUUUAUUUCCAGACUGAAUUUUGA